AUGUACACAAAUUUAACAAAAACAUACAACACCGGGUAUUCGCUAAUGGUCACCCACUUAACUACUAAUCCGGCGGUUAGUGGCUUAUUUAGGGGAGAGCAGACGGGAUCCCAAGUUCUCCACUACCUAUGGUCGUAUGUACUAGGGAAUACUCUUUGCAAACUCAUAUUGGCAUUGCAGCCCUGA